AUGGACCCUCUGGCAGCGAUCGGCGUUGCCGGGAACAUCAUCACUUUUAUCGAUUUCUCAUACAAGAUUUUUAAGGGAAUCGACGAAGUCCUUACCACUGCCACGGGGAUGACCCAGGCGAACGAAAACCUCUCCCACUUGGCAAAAGACUUUCGUUCAGUGACUGAAGAUCUUGUGUCCGACAUUAUACCCAGGACUGAAAAUGAGAAACAGCUCUGCCACCUCGCCACAGAAUGCCGUACUUUAGCAAGCCGGAUAAUCCAGGUUUUGGAGAGUCUGAAACUCGGUGACGACAAAUCCGCAUGGCAAGGAAUGAAGGUUAAAUUCCAGAGUAAGAAGAAAGAAAAAGAAGUUGAGAGCCUUGAGCGACAAUUGAAGGGAUAUCAGUCAGAACUGUUAAUCCACCUACAGGUGAUGUUCAGGUACCUACGAGCGACUAAAUCUGUCGGCCUUUAA